GCGGACCACAAAUUUUUCGAACUCUAGCAGUAUUUGCCCUAGGGAGGAAAAAGGGUUCAACAGCUUCAGAAGAGAGUAUCGGCUAACACACUCUUAUUCGAUCGACGUUUCACUGUUAUACUCUCUCAGAGAUCCCAGUGGCAAAAAAGGUCAUCCCCAGAAUUAUUUGACUGAGUUGUUUGAUUCAAAUAUUGCUCAAUGGAUUUCGAUGAAUAUGAUUACUUAGAGAAGACGGUGGAAAAUCUGGAUCCUGAGAAACUGAAGGAAGAUGUGAAUGGUGUGGAAGGAACACGUAAAUCUGAAGAGAGAGAAUGGAGCCGGAGUUCAAAGCACAAAAGUGAUGAGAAUGAUGAUGAUUUGGAUCACCAGAGAAAGCGCUCAAAGUCUGGAGAACAACAUCGUGACCAUGACACAGAGAGGGGCUCAUCACGGCACCGCUCGUCUCCAAGAGAUGGAGAAAGGAGUGAUAGGGACCGACAUAGAAGUAGCCGAGAACAUAGAGACAGGGACAAGGGGGAGAGGAAUGGGAAGGACCGAAGCCGUGACCGAGACAGAGACAAAGAGAGGGACCAAGAUCGAGACAGGGACAGGGAUCGCGACAGGGAUAGGAGAGAGCGUGGUCGUGACUAUGAGAAAGAGACAGAUAGAGAGCGAGAACGGUCACGUCGAAGUAAAAGCCAUUCGGAAAGGCAUCGGGAUGAGCAUGAUAGAGAGAUGAGUCGGGAUAGGGAGCAUAGAGAAAAAGAAAGGGAGAGGGAACAUAGAGAACGUGACCGAGAAAGCAGCAGACGGUAUAAAGAGAAAAAGGAAGAAGUAGCAGAGCCGGAGGUUGAUCCUGAACGAGAUCAGCGGACGGUUUUUGCUUAUCAGAUAUCUUUGAAGGCUGAUGAAAGAGAUGUGUAUGAUUUCUUCUCGAGGGCCGGAAAGGUACGAGAUGUACGCCUUAUAAUGGAUCGCAAUUCAAGGCGUUCCAAGGGAGUUGGGUAUAUUGAAUUUUUUGAUGCAAUGUCAGUCCCUAUGGCAAUAGCACUCUCUGGCCAGCCUCUACUUGGUCAGCCAGUAAUGGUUAAACCAUCAGAAGCUGAAAAAAAUCUGGUUCAGUCUACUACAGUCACAGCUGGGGCUGUAGGUGGGCUCAUAGGCCCCUAUUCGGGGGGAGCUAGAAGGCUUUAUGUUGGCAAUCUGCAUUUCAACAUAAAAGAAGAUCAACUUCGUCAGGUUUUUGAACCAUUUGGUACUGUGGAGCUGGUGCAGUUGCCGAGUGACCCAGAGACUGGGCAUUGCAAAGGUUUUGGUUUUGUUCAGUUUGCACGUCUUGAAGAUGCUCGAGCUGCACAGAGUUUAAAUGGACAGCUGGAGAUUGCUGGUCGAAUAAUCAAGGUGUCAGCUAUUACUGAUCAAGCUGGAAUGCAAGAUGUUGGGGCAAAUGCUGGUGAUUUUGAUGAUGAUGAAGGCGGUGGUUUGGCUCUAAAUGCACGCUCUCGAGCUAUCCUUAUGCAGAAGUUGGAUCGUAGUGGCACUGCUCCAAGUGUUGCUGGUUCUCUAGGCACACCUGUCGUCAGUAGCCCCGGUCUUGCAUUGCCAACAGCACCAAUUCUUGGUGCUGCACCUGCGGUUCCUUCCCUUGUUAGUCCUCUUGUACAGGCUUGUGUUCCUGCACUUGCGGGAUUGCCAGGUGGAGGUCUUUCAAUUCCCCCUGUAAAUGUUCCUUCUGUUGAUACCAUAGGUAUUCCAAGUGAAUGUUUAUUGUUGAAGAACAUGUUUGAUCCAAAAUUAGAGACUGAGCCAGAGUUCGAUCUGGAUAUUAAAGAAGAUGUUCAAGAUGAAUGCUCAAAGUUUGGUGCACUUAAACAUAUAUAUGUUGACAAGAAUAGUGCUGGGUUUGUAUAUUUGCGAUUUGAAAAUACACAAUCUGCAAUAAGUGCGCAGCGUGCUCUCCAUGGAAGAUGGUUUGCUGGAAAGAUGAUCACAGCAACAUUCAUGCUACCCCAGAAUUAUGAGGCCACAUUUCCCGACAGCAGAUAGGAUGGUGGAUUGUGGAUGUGAACCAACUAUUUCCAGUAGGUCUAUAUGCUGACAUGGCUUUGUCGCAUUGAUCCAGUUUUGAAUGGUGCAGGUGGCGAACCUUGUGUGACCCAAAGUUGCUGCAACAAAUAUGACUGCUGAGUGCUGAUGAUGACAUGCAGAAAUUGUUGGCGAAAAAAAAAAGAUAGAAAGAAAUCAUAAAAUUGCAUGAAGCACACUAGGAAUCAGAUUACUAAAAAAUACUGACCACUUGUUAGGAUCAUAUCUGCAUAAAUUUACUUUUUGUAUGUCUGUUGUUUCCCCCCACGUCUACAGUGAAAAUUGUGGAGUAAUUGUUUGUUAACCUCUUUCCUCCUGUUUUCUGGUACAUAAAACUUAUUUUGUGUUGUGGGUUAGGAUGAGUAUUUUGUUUCCAACACUCUCUCUUUUGAUUAGUUAGAUGGAAGCAAUGAAUUAUAUGCUCAGCUAUUAAUAAUAUGUUUUAGAUUGAAGCAUGGAAGCAUGAAUUAUAUUACUUUCAGAUAAUGCAAGCACUUGUACUUUCCUGUGAA